UCGUAGCGUGUAAACAAGACCAUGGAGGCCGCGGAUCCCCGGUGCUCGAGUGGCGGUGGGCCGGCCAGCAGAGGAGGGUUCCCGGGCAGGGAGAGCAGCAGUGAGCGGGACGGUGGGAAGGCCGGGGGGGACGGUGGGAAGGCCGGGGGGAGCGGUGGAGAGGGAGAACCGGGGCAGAGGGACCGGGAGCGGGCUACAUUCGAGUGCAACAUCUGCUUAGACACCGCCAGAGACGCCGUGAUCAGCCUGUGUGGACAUCUCUUCUGCUGGCCGUGUCUUCAUCAGUGGUUGGAGACGAGGCCGAGCAGACAGCAGUGUCCGGUGUGUAAGGCAGGGAUCAGCAGAGAUAAGGUCAUUCCGCUGUACGGCCGCGGCAGCACCAGUCAGGAGGAUCCCAGAUUAAAAACUCCGCCUCGACCCCAAGGACAGAGAACAGAACCCGAGAGUCGAGGGUUUCAGGGAUUCGGUGAUACCGGGUUCCACAUGUCGUUCGGUAUCGGCGCGUUUCCAUUCGGCUUCUUCACCACAAUCUUCAACACCGACGAUCCCUUUCACAGACCAGAUCCUCACUACGGCGGAGAUCACCACGGCAACGGGAACGCUAACAACAGCAACAACUGGCAGAACUCGCUCUUCCUCUUCCUGGCCAUCUUCUUCUUCUUUUGGUUGCUGAGUGUGUGAGAGUGAAUGAAUGAGUGAGUGAAUGAAUGAGUGAGUGAGUGAGUGAGUGAGUGAGUGAGUGAGUGAGUGAGUGAGUGAGUGAGUGGAGAACGAGACACAGUAGAUCACGACACACACACACACACACACACACACACACACACACACACACUGAUUACUAUGGUACUGAGGAGUGAAGUGUGUGCUAGCAUUAUCCUGUCAAACUUUGGUACUGACUUCAGUAAAAAAAAAAGGCGCUCAGGUAACGCUGCAGGCUAACACGCUAGCUUAACAACGUGCUCGAGGCUAAAGCAACAAAGGCUGCAAAUAUCAGCUAGUAUGCUAACAGGCUCGGCUACACUUUUUUUUGUCUAACGGCCUUAUCUGCUGGUUCAAGUUGCACUUUAUGAUAUCCAGAUAUUAGCUAGCAUGCUAACAUAAUGUGCUACUGAAAAUUUGUAGCCUGGUCUGUUAGCACGCUAGCUGAUACUUGUCUAACAGUUUUAGUUGCUAGUUCAAGUUGCACUUUAUAAUAUCCAGACAUAAGCUAGCGCGCUAACAGUCUUAACUCCAGCUUGUAAUCACACAGCGAUAUAAUUUAGCGUUGUGUUCUUAGCUAGUUUACUAGCAAAUUAUGCUUAUUGAUGCUCGCUGUAUGUUCACUAGCACAUUAGCUAAGUGUUAGCGUUAGCUAAUGUGCUAGUAAACUUGCAGCUUUAUGUCCGAUAGCCGUUUCUGGUGACGUAGCGCUAUCGUUAGCCAACAUUCAGUCUUGUUUGGGAGAAAAGGAAUGGACGGCUGGGUGUGACGUCAUGCGAUUGGCUGAGUUUGGUGUAAGCUCCGCCCUCUUGCACUAGAUGAAAGCCGUAGGUACAGUUAGCGCUGCUCGCUGAGCGUCACACGCACGCACACAUGUCCGUCGUUUCCUGAUCGUACCAAAGAUUCUCUUCUUUCUCACGUGGUAACGUAGUGAGUAACAAACGUUCGGCGGCGUUACAGAAGUAUUACAGGACCCGGGCCGGCACGUGCUGAUCAUCAGUUCCACCAUCCAUCAAUCACAGCGGGGAACAUCGAUACCGCCAGAUCUGAGUGGGCACUAUGCUAGCCUUAGAGCUAAACGACUAAAGCUAUUAGCAUAGCAGCUUUUCCAUCGCUGUAUUUGAGGCUUCAACUGGUUAGCAUGACAACCAAUGAAUACUGAAAGGAGGCGGGACUUGACAUGUUUCGAGAACAUCUGUUCAGUAAGGUUUUCAGUACCUAGCUAGCUGGCGAACAGCGACAUGUACUAGCCACUUCGUUUGAUGCUAGCGUGCCUUCAGACUUCUAAUCGCUGUUUUUCUUUCUGUAAUUAUUUGUGUUUGCUCUCACUUAUGACAUUGUCUGUUGUCCUUUCCUGUCUGUUGCUAGCUAGCUAGCUAGCUAGUACAUGGCUACUGAUUUUCCUUGCACAGUGGUUAGCUCGCUUCAUUAUAAAAGGUUAGCCAAUGCUAGCAUUACGCUGUCAAACUUUGGUACAGGCGCUCAGGUAAGGGUGCAGUCUAACAAGCUAGCCUAACUACGUGGUCGAAGCUAAAGCAAGGGAGGCUGCAACUGUCAGCUUGUUUGCUAACAGACCCGGCUACAGUUUUUUAAGUUACGCAUUAUGAUAGCAUGCUAGCUGGCUAGUUUUUUAGAUCCUUUGCUAAGAGGAAAAUGAACUAAUGUCAAAAACCUCGUCUCUAAUAUUCGUAACGUUAGUUCUUUCUACUAGACUAAUGAAACGGUGGAUGUGUUGACAGUUGUAAUAGCUAGAUGUCCGCUGAAGCUAACAAGGAAAGGCUCAAUGCUACAAGCUAAACGUCCAGCUAGUAAAUAUAUACGAUUUAAUAAAGACAAGAGCGGUUCUUGAAAACAUUAAAACGUCAAACUCGAUUUAUCCAUAAGGAUGUCGCUGUACUGUAAGUGGAGCACUAGCUAGCGGAGAGCACCGUGUAGCUUAAUGCCAGUUUAACAAGUUUGUAUGAAUAAAAACGUUUAGCCUGAAGCUAGUAACUAAUGUUUUUCCCUCUAAAUACAGUCUGAGCAAGUGAGGGCCUAGCUCGAGGGCCCAACAGUGGCAGCCUGGAAGUGGGGAUGGUUUGAACCAGUGACUUCCAAUUGUUAGCUUAUCAUAGCAUCAACCAGACGAAAAGCAUUAAUAUUUAGCGUUCUUUUGCAAAUCGUGUAGUGAGUAACUGUUCGUAAAGUAUUACUGCAGCUAGCCAGCUAGCUAGUACAUCAAAGUUUCAGAUUUACGUCUGGUGUCUGGUGAAGAGGAGCGGUCUGUAGCCUCACAGAUGAGUGCCAGAGGACGCGUGUCCUAGCCUGCAACCUUCCCCAGCCAGUGUGGAGCCGUGUAUGCACCAUGACCAGUGGAAGCUCAGCAGGACUUGACUACCAAUGUUGCUGAAGGUUGCUGGUUCAAGCCUCAUCACCGCCAAGUUGCCACCGUUGCCCCUGAGCAAGGCUCUCAGCCCGCAUCUGCUCAAAUUGCAUUCAGUGAUAAUUCUAAGUCGCUUUGGAUGAAGACACGCGUAGACAGACAUGCUUCAGAAUCUUGAGGACAGCUUCUGGUACAGAGUUGAAGGCUGUCGCAGCCUCAGAUGGACGGAGGGGGCAAUGUCGUAUUGGUGCGAUGCCCAACAAGCUCGUAGUGUCUACAUCCUUUUGGCCACGUUGUGUAGAUAUUCUCGUACAGACCCUGUGUCUCAGGUCUCAGGUUUCAGGUUUUUAUAAUUUAGCAGAUGGACGUCCAGCUGUGACUACAGUGAAUGCAGUUGAGAGUCGAGGGUCUUGCUCAGCAGCCCAACAGUAGCAACCCGGCAGCAAUGGGGUUUGAACCUUAUGAUUAAUAAUCCGUUCAGCAAUAACUGGCCUAGAUACAAAAGGUUAAGAAUCCCUUUUGGUGUGGAACUGUAAUAUCAGCACAUGCCUGACGGGUCCUCACUCGUGUCCUUCAGAACCAGACUUCAUUACUGGGUGAGUGUAAGAAAGGUGUUUUGUCGUCUCUUGUUGGGUGCCAUUGUGAACUUCCUAGUCCUUUUUCCAGAGAUAUAAAGACAAUAUAAGAUACUAAACCCCCUGCAAUGAAUAAAACAACGAUGUGCAAUAAUCAGAUUUCUGUCUCUAACUGCCAGUCUUGUGAAGAAGUAUUAAGAGUUCUGAAGCACAUCAAACCUUUGAUGGACAAUACAGAAUGUACAGAACUUUAUUUUCCUAUUUGGAAGAGUGCACAUGGUGAUGCAUCUCAAAUACAUCACAUCCACUUCAUGCGGUAAGUCUUAAAACAAUGCAUCAAUCAGCCAAAACCACCCCCCACCUUCCCAAAGGUGCUUGUAAGUGUGAGGGACCUACUAGAUGUUGUGCUGUUGUAGGUAGUUCGUGGUUCAUGUGUUGAAUACAGCAGAUCUGAUCAGUAUAAAGAUUUGAUAAGGAAAGCCAUAGUGAGUACCCACCUGCAGUGGACCGAAGGCGGCCAAAACUUAUUGAUUCCAGGGGACAUGAAGGCAGAGACGUCUAGUACGAACCAGCUGAAGAUCUGCUGUGGUUCAAUUCUGGUGAUGAGGUGAUUGUCCUGGUACCAGAAACCUCAGGAAACCUUCAGAUGUCUUGAGAGUCUGCAAGGGAGCUGUAGUGAGUACCCACCAGCAUUAGGAUGAACCACAAACCGAGACAGGUUGUUGGGUGGCCAAGACUCAUUGAUUCCAAAGGAUAUGACGGCUGAGACUUCUGGUACGAACCAGCUGAAGAUCUUUUGUGGUUUAAUCCUGGUGAUGAGGUGAAUGUCCUGGUACCAGAUACCUUAGGAAACCUUUAGAUGUCUUGAGAGUCCAUGUCUCAUUGGGUCAGAGCCAGAUAAACACUACAGCUAGACAGGUUGUUGGGCAGCCAAGACUCAUUGAUUCCAGAGGACAUUAAAUCUAUGACGUCUGGUACAGACUAACAGAAGGUCUACUGUGGUUCAGUCUUGGUAAUGGGGUGAUUGUUUUGGUACCAGAUACCUCAGGAAACCUUCAGCUGUCUAGAGAGUCCAUGUCUCAUUGGGUCAGAGCCAGAAGAACACUACAGCUAGCACUCACCCCUCACCAAAACUGAUAGACUAUAUAAGCACAGGGACUAUGAUAAGGGCCAAAUUGUUAUGACCUUUUAACUGCAAGGGAGCGGUAGUGAGUACCCACCAGCAGUGGGCAGAGAGGGGACGAGUCACAAACCGAGACAGGUUGUUGGGCAGCCAAGACUCAUUGAUUCCAGAGUACAUCAAGAUCUUCGGAUCAGCUGAAGAUCUGCUGUGGUUUAAUCAUGGUGCUGAGGUCCUCUCGUUGGGCCAGAGGAACACUAAAGCUAGCACUUACCCCUCACCAGAACUGAUAGACUAUAUAAGCACAGGAACUUUGAUAAGGGCCAAAUUGUUAUGACCUGUUAACUGCAAGGGAAGGGUGAGGACCCACCAGCAGUCGAUCGAGAAGAGCGACAAACCGCGACAGGUUGUUGGACGGCCAAGACUCAUUGAUUCCAAGGAUAUGAAGGCUGAGACGUCUGGUACGGACCAGCAAAAGACCUUUUGUGGUUCAAUCCUGGCAAUGUCUUGGUACCUGGUCUUGAGAGUCUAUGUCUCGUUGGGUCAGAGCGGGAGGUUGUAAUGUUUUGGCUCAUUGGUGUAGCUAGCAGAGCUUUGAACACUAAAGCUAGCACUUACCCCUCACCAGAACUGAUGGACUAUAUAAGCACAGGCACUAUUAAAGAUGAUAUGCAGAAUAAUUAGUUAUGACCUCACAAGUAUUAAGGCAGUCGAACCGUAGAUCUAUUGCACUUGAGUGUGUGUAAAAAAAUCACCAAGCAGCACGUGCUGGAAUUCGGUGAACUACAACGGCAGACUUCGUUUAUUUUAAUGCUGGGCAUUUAGCCAGGGAGUCUGCCAUGUUUGCAUCUGUGAGCGGUAAAGAGAGGGUGGAGUUAAGUGCCACUGGGGGCGUGUCUAACAUGACUAGCAGGAGUUUUGUUUGAUGGUGUCGUCUAGAAAUGUCCAUUUUUUUCAACAAUAAAAUAUUGAUCCGACUCCCAGUUCUACUGUAUGUUCACACUCCACUACGAUCACACACACACACACACACACACACACACACGACUGGGAGAACACACGUGGUGUAAUAAUGUUGUACAGUGUUGGGUCGUGGGAUUGAUUGGUUGAUGGUCUCUGUACUCGUUUCUGUUUGUAUAAAUGAUCGACAUGUGGAAUAAAUAUUUCUGUUCUUCUCUCUGA